CAUGGCUGGACAUCUGCUGUUUGUCAUCCUCAUCUAUUUUUUUGAUGAUGUCAAAGCACAAGCCUUUAAUCUGCCAAAAGUGAUUCUGAGUAAAUCCCUGAUCACAGAGACAGACUCAGUCACACUGAGCUGUGAAGCUCCAUCAUCUAUUUCUGUGUCUCAGUGUGAUUUCUACAUUGCAAGUCAAAAAGUGUCUACAGGCUCCUCCUGUGUGCAGACACUAACAGGGACUAUGCUGCUGAGGAUGGCUCGAAAGACUUUACCUGCUGAGGUUGAAGUUAGAUGUGCUUAUGUUGCAAAGCGUGAUGGGUUUUAUUUAACAUCUCUUGACAGUGAACCAUCUACUAUCGCCAUAAAUGCCCUUCUUCCACCUAAACUGAAAGUGAGACCACAGGUGAUCACAGAGACAGACUCAGUCAUACUGGACUGUGAGACUCCACCAUCUGUUUCUAUAUCUGAUUGUUAUUUUCGCACUUCAGGACAACAACUUGCCAAAAAAUUUUCUUGUUUGCAGAAACUGAAUGGAUCUGAAAUGCUAUCACUUGCACAUCAAAGUGCACCUGUUACAUUAAAAGUGACCUGUUUUUACCUUUUUAUAUAUCAGUCUCCAAUGAGUAAUGUGUCUCCACUCACCAUAAAAUCUUUUCUCCAACCUACACUGACAGUAAGUAGAUCAGCUAUCACAGAGAUGGAUUCAGUCACACUGAACUGUGAGGCUCCGUCUUCGGUUUCAGAGUGUUAUUUCUACACUUUGAGUAAAGGAACUGUUAGAAAGUUGUCCUGUCUGACACAACAGACAGCAACUGAACUUCUGGAGAUGGCUGGUCUCAGACCACCUGCAGAGAUUAAAGUGAAUUGUUCUUACACGCCCCAGACGGGAGGGUCAAACUCUUUGUACAGUGACUAUUCCUCCAUCAUCAUCCAAACUCCCCUUCCACCUAAACUCAUCAUUAAUCCACCAGUGAUCACAGAGACAGACUCAGUCACACUGAACUGUGAGACUCCUUCAUCUGUUUCUGUGCCUGAAUGUUAUUUCUACACUUUGAGUGGAGGGACGGUGAAAGAGUUUUCCUGUCUAACAACACUGACAGCAACCACGCUGCUGGAGAUGGCAAAUCUCAGGACACCUGCUGAAGUUAAAGUGAUCUGUUUUUACAUUGCACAACCUGGAGAGUUAAAGUCUCGGAACAGUAGCAUGUCAACCAUUACAGUACAAAGGGGAAAUCUAAAGGAUGGAAAAAGAUCUAUGGAUUUAGUAACCAUCAUUCCUGGGGACAAAACUGGAAUGCCCAUAACGCCAACUUCAGAGAAACGUGUAUCAGAUAACACACAUCCAAUGGAUCCAUCACCACAAGAUGAAAGAACAGGGACGCUGCUGAUAACUGUAAUUGUUGUGAGUUGUUCCGGAGUAGCUGUGACCUUCAUCGUUAUGGGAUUUUUACUUCUCUAUACUCGAAAAACAGCUGAGUGAAGAAUACCAACAGAGGCACCUCAGAGAAAUUAUGGGUGUCAUUUCAAAAGAAUACAGUGUUGACAAUGGGAUUAAUUAUGAAGUUAAACAUUUUAUUAUUGUCAGCUUUUGUGUGUGUUUUUUAUAAUUUACAUUUCAUUUAAAGUUUGAUCCCCAAAUGGUUUCAUAGUGUUGACACGGAGAUGCAAAUUAACUAUAAAGAAGUAAAUAGUGUGUUCAAACAAGAUGAUAAAAACAAUAAAAAGUAAAUUAUCUAUAAAUAAUAAGAUAAUAACUAUUUUAGAGCUCACUGGUUUUGUUUUUGUCCUUAAAAAACAAAAUAAACGUAUUGUAAGAACUCCAGCAAGAAAGAGAAUAUAAAUUAUUGGUCAGAUUGUCUGUGUACUUCUCUCAUUAUGUUUUUUUUCUUUGUUUUUGUUUUGUUUGUGGCUGCUAUGGAUCUUUAAUUUCAGUAAAUAUCACCAGUGUAGCAUUUGCAGUUGUUUUAAGGUUUCUAAUAACAAAUAGUUUUUAGAUGGUAUUUUUGAUGUUCUUAUGGAGACUCACUCUUUCUCUCUGUAGGCAUAAGAAAUGAAACAGGAAGGGUAAUGUGACCUGCACUGUUGCAUUAACUUUGAAGCCCUAGCCUAAAAAUGACUCCCACAGACCCUAAAACACCUUUAAUGCAGUUCUUUUCAGCAUUUGAUGCUAAUCUGAAUAAACACACAUACAGAAUUAGACUGCAUAACUGGUAAGACCGAAAUUAAACUGAUAUUGAUGUCUGUCUUUUUAGUUUAUUUCACUGGUUCUGAAUCUGCACCAGUUGGUCUGUACUAAAAAGAAUAAAUCUAAAUAUACAACAUGCUGGGGGGUUUACAGAGGAAGACUGAAUGUGUUUUUGUGGUUAUUGUAUUUUGAUGCUGUUCUGGUUUCCUGAUGUGUAUAAAGUGUCGACAAAAUGUGUUUGUUAAAGUCAGGUAGAUGUAGUGUUUGGAGGUAUUCCUCUCAGUUGUAGUAAUCUGCUGUUUGCCAUCUUCCUCUCUAUGCUGAACUUUCUGUCAUAUACAUUGUUUAAUUGUUCAUACUGCCACUUAACCUCAAUAAAAACUU